AUGUCUAGUGUCAAAAGAAUUAGCAGUUGGAACUUAAUUAAAUUCCUUUGCUGCCCUCCUUGUCCAAGGAACAUAGCUGAAAAAGUAGCCUUCAUGCCCCCUUCCCCGCCUUCUUAUGAAAUUGUGUCUUUAGAUGAACGACCGUCUGAAAUUAUUUUGAAAAUAUCUCUUGAAAUUGAAGGUAAUUAUUUGAAGAAUGUGCUGAGAUAUGAUGUCCGUUUCGUUAAAACUUUGCUGAAAAAUGACAUCGUUGUGCUUUAUAUUAAAUGCGUGGAAAAAGCUCCAUUUACUAUAAUCUAUAGCCACGGAAAUGCUGUCGAUGUUGGCCUAAUACUUAGUGCUUGCAUAAAUCUUAGCUUGUGCGUGAAAUGUGAUGUUGUGACUUAUGACUAUUCAGGAUAUGGCCAAAGCAAAGGGAAACCAUCAGAAACAAACCUUAAUGCCGACAUUAGAGCGGCAUUGGACUAUACAUUAAACAUUCACGAGCCAAAUUUGGAGAAAAUUAUUUUAUAUGGACAAAGCCUCGGAACUGUGCCCACGCUAAAUCUUGCCUCACAAGUUUCUUGCGCAGGUGUAAUACUGCAUGCUCCUAUGACUUCGGCUCUUCAAGUCGCUUGUGGUGAACAGAGAUGCUGCAGAUGCUGGGACUCUUUCAACAAGUAUGUUUUCCUCUCAAAUUAA